AUGUCUGAAAAAAAUACACCACCACCUACACCUCCAAGACCUGCUGCAACAAUGAAAUCAUCUUCAUCAACAGCAUCACUAGAAGCACAUGAGCAACCAGUUGAAAAUAUAUCAAUCUUUGGAUCAGGUUUGGCUGGUUCAGCAAUAGCAUUAUUAUUAAAAAAUAGAGGAUUUACAAAUAUAACUGUUUAUGAAAAGAGAUCAAGGAGUGAACAAAAGGCAAGCUGGAAUAGAGGUAGAUCGAUUAACAUGAGUCUUUCAUUUAGAGGAAUGAAGACUCUGGAAAAGUGUGGCAUUUUACCUCAGAUUUUGGAAGAGGGUGUGCCAAUGCGUGGCAGAAUGAUUCAUCAUUUGGACGGAUCCAAAAACUUCCAUCCCUAUUCACCAGACCCCAACAAAUUCUUGCUUUCCAUCUCGAGAGACAUGUUGAAUGAAAAGCUUCGUCAACAUGUUGAGGGAUCAGAGAGUGUCCAGUUCCUCUACAACCAACAGGUCAAGGAGGUCAAUCCACGUGGCUGCACCUUUACCGUCAAGGACACUAGCAACAAUGUCACCCGUACCAUGUCGACCAGUACCAUGAUUGGUUGCGACGGUGCCUUUUCAGCGGUACGUCAAUCGAUGGCUCGUUUCCCACGUCACGAAUACAACCAACACUAUAUGGAGCAUGGAUACAAGGAGUUGCGUAUUCCAGCCGGACCCAAUGGUGAAUUCCAACUUGAAAAGGAGUGUCUCCAUAUUUGGCCACGUGGAGGAUACAUGAUGAUCGCUCUCCCCAACAAAGAUGGUUCGUUCACCGUCACACUCUUUUUCCCAUUCGAGGGUGAUGGAAGCAGUUUUGAGUCGCUCAACACACCCGAGCGUAUCGACCGUUUCUUUAGAACCAAAUUCCCCGAUGCCGCGCCACUCAUCCCUUCGCUGAUCGAAGAUUUCGAGACCAAUCCAGUUUGUACAUUACUCACCAUCAAAACGUAUCCAUGGGCUAUCGACGGUCGUGCCGUCCUUGUAGGCGACGCUGCCCACGCCAUCGUGCCAUUCUACGGUCAGGAUGCCAUCUCUGAAAUGGCUAUUGAAAACUUCCUCGAGAUGCGUGAUACUGUCCAAGACGACUUGUUUGUCUUUAAGAAAAAGGUCGAGCAUCUCUUGGAGCAGCGAUUCCCCGGCCGUUACAUCUCGCGUUACGAACUCAUCUCCUUUUCCCACAUCCCUUACAAAGAUGCACAACGUAUAGGCAAACUCAACCAAGAAAUCUUGAAUGUCCUCUGUAAAGAUGCAAGAUUAAAUUUAAAUAAUAUCGAUCUUACAAUGGCAAAUAAUUUAAUUAAAUUGUGUGGUUGUUUAGUUUGCUUCACAAUUAUGGGUGUUUGUAAUUAA